AUGUUUCAAGUGCCUGUGGAAAAUCUGGACAAGGUCAAAAAUAUGCAGCCACGGGUAAAGAGCAUGCUUCUGAAGACUGGACUUAACAAAAGCAAAGAAUUGCUGAAGGGCCUUAAAGGCUUUGACCCAAAUGACAGAUACUUUUAUAAUACAUCUUGGCCAGAUGUUGCUCCAGGGGAAUUUUUCAGAAAGCAAAUGAGAUACAGAAGCAAGCCAUACUGCUGUAGCCUGUGCGAAUACUCAGCAGAUGUGCUUACUUCUCUGAAAAAUCAUUUGCAUCGUUGCCAUGAAGAUGAGGCUGACCAAGAGUUGCAGAUCCAGUGUCCAGAUUGCUCAUUUGUUUCAAGGCCUGAUGUGGUGAGCAAACACUUCCAGUUGUUCCAUGAGGCUGCUGUGAAAGUUUACAGCCCCAAGGACAAGGUUCUGGGCAAUGGGAAGCCACUGAAGGGUUAUAUAAGACAUUUCACAUGUUUAAAAUGUAACUUUUCCAACACUUCCUUCUGGAGCAUGAAGAAACAUGUGCUGAUCACUCAUUUUCACUCUUUACUUAAUGCCUAUGUUGGCUUUCACACUAAGGAAGACCAGCAACAGUUAACAGGCAGUGAUAUUCUUUCUGUGGCAAGCACUCUACCAUCUGAAAGAUGCUUUUGUAAAAAGUGUAGUACCAGGAUGGACAGCCAGGAUGAUCUGAUGGCCCAUAUUUUGACAUCAGAUAUACACAAGGAUUUGGAGAAUAAGUUGAGGUCUAUAAUUUCAGAAGACAAAAAGAGGUCAGGGCUUCCGAAGCAAAGGCCCAUUGUUGCAAAGGCAGGCUUGUCCAGACCAUCAAACAGCAGGGCUGCACAUACAGCUGCUCCACCCAAGCCCCCUCGGUCUCACUGUGCCCUGACAGAGAAGACCCCAAGUCCAGCCACGGUACAGCCAGUGAUCUUGGCCCAACCUGUGAUCUCCACCAAUGUAGAGCCACCAAGGGGGUGCCAGGCUCUUCCUGGCAAGGCUUCACCUAAGAAGACUGUAGACACUCCUGCACUAUCUGUGUACCAAUCAGUUUGGCCUGUGAAUAGGUCUUUUGGAGUGAGCAAUCACUCAGUGAGUCAAGCCAUCCAGCCUGGGAUUUUACCACCCACACAGCCCAUCUGGUCUACAAAUCUACCAGUGGGACCUGCAGUCAGAUCACUGGGACCAAACAUCCCUGGGGUUCUCUGGAACAUGCCACCAGGAACAAUUUCUGUGGGUGAGCUGGUCUCAUUGGCAGGCCUUCCUGAGGGUCAGAUGACCUUUGCUUCUGUGAUUCCUGCACAGAGUGUAGCUUCUGGGGUUCUCCCCACUGGUCAAGCAGUCCAGUCCACAGUUCCCCAUGUAGGUCAGACAGUCUCCUCACAGGUUCUUACCUCUUCUCAGACAAUGUCUUAUAGGGUUGUACUUACAGGUCUAGUGGUAUCAUCUGGGUUGCUAUCCCCCCAAAUGGUGGUGGUCUCAGAUGUCCUUGUGAACCAGAGUGUGAGCACUGGUAUUCCUCUGCUUGGUCAGCCUGUUAACUCAGGUCCAUCUGUUGGGCCCAGUAUGCUUCAGAUCAGUCAGUCUGUUGGCACCUGCAUCCUGCUUGAGAUCCAGUUAAUAAGAGCUGACACUUCACAGAACACCCUGUUCUGCAAGUCAGGUUCUGUUUUCAGGAAGCUGCUUCCAACAGGCUCACAGGCCAAGGAUUGGAAAAUCUACUCAGUUUGCAAUGUGUUCUUCCCAUCCAGUGAAUACCAGGCUCACAUGGAAGGGGCUCACAAACAAAGUGAGUUCAAUUCCAGUGAGAACCUUGAACCGGUAAACCUGGCUGGGCAUGCACCAUUUCUGAAGAGGACAAGAGAGAGGGCCAUGCAUUGCCUCUCCUGCAAAUGCCUAGUCUCAGAGGAGGAGCUAAUGUACCACUUACUCACACAUGGCUUGGGGUGCCUGUUCUGCCCAUGUACUUUCCACAGCAUUCAGGGUCUCUUGGAGCACAGCAAAAUUAAACACCUGGGGAGGAAGAAGCUGUUGUUGGAUUAUAUUAACUGGGGUUUCCAGUUGAGUCUAGAUGCUGAUGGCAACCUGUUGUUCCCCCAUCUUGAUUUCAUCAUCACUCUGCCAAGAGAGGAGAUUGGAGAACAGGAGGUCCACCUGGCUAUCCUCUCAGGCACAUAUUCCACAUCACUGGUGCCCUUGUAUGUUAAGAUGUGGUCUCACGUUAAGGUAGUAACUCAGCUCAGAAAAGGAGAGCUGACCUGCCUCUGUUUGACAAUAUUUAUGGUAGCCAAUGCCAACAUGUUACACUUGAAGGACAGACACCAUAUUAUGCCCACGGCCUGUAUAGUCCUCAGUUCUCCCACCUUUUGGUGUGUCCACUGUGGUGGGUUCUACCCUGGAAGCUUGACUGUGGAGGCUAUCACUCUUCAUUUGUUGCAUUGUGCACAUGCACCAAAAGAGAGAUCAGACCUGCCAGUUUGGUCCAGUUUUGUUGAGAACAGUGAACUGCAGAUUGCCAGUGAGGAAAAGGUUACGGAUUCUACCUGUCCCUUCAAAAGAAAAUGGCCAGAUGGCCAUUAGGGUCCAGAAGACCAGAAGAGGGAUGGGAAAGUUCCCUUGUGUGUACUGGGUAAUGAAGCAUCAGAUCCGGAAGAAGGGACUAGUGUUGUGACUUUGAAGAGACAGAGGAAUGAAAGCUCAACUAAGGAACUUGAGCCCAGUAAUUAUUUACUCCAGAUCCUAGCUUUAGAUCCUACUGAAUGCAAAGACUACUCCUCUGAGGAAAAAAAGCAGUUUCGUAGAGAUUUUUUCCAAAAGAAACCAUAUCCUAGCAGAAAAGAAGUUGAAUUGUUGUCUUUAUUCUUGAAGAUGGAAAAAAUUAUUGUGGCUGUGUUUUUUAGAACAAGAAGAUAUAUUUGCUUGAAGGCAAUAGAAGACUCAGACUCAAUACAUCUAGGUUUUGAUAUGUAGGAACUUAAAAAUGUUAAACACAGACUGAACUUUGAGUAUUAA